AAGUCGAAAAUCGACAGCAGCAGCGGCGGCGGCGGCUAACGUUAAAAUUCUGCGGUAGUGGUGGUGGUGUUUUCGUCGUCGUGUGUUUGUAAGUGUUCUUCUGCUCUGUGUGUGUGUGUGUGUGUUGGUGUUGUUACGUGAUCUGGUAGUUUUGAAUCGGCUUUUUGUGCCGCAGCUGAAUAUCAUUUCUUGGAAAAGUACUCCGCUUCGUUGUCUUCCUUCGUUGUGGUUGUAACGCAAAUAAGUAAAAAAAAAAGCUAGCGAGCGAGCGCCAGCGGUACCUGCGACUAAAAAAACUAAAUCUAUCUCGAAAAUAUCGAGAGAAAAUUCGCUUCCUUCGGUUUCGGCUCUCGAUUGUUCUUGCUUGUUUACUCGUCCUUUUUUUUUCGCGUUAUGUAGGUCUCUCUUCUUUCGUGUGUUUUUUUCUCUUUCUUUUUCUUUUUCGAUUCGCUGCAGUGUUUGGUGUUGUUACGUCUUCGGUCUUACGGUCUUGGUUGUUCAACUCUACUCGAUUCAGUCAGUCAGUUUCUGCUGUCGGCGAAUCGAACGAAGCAUUUGAAUCGUCGGAGUAGCGGCAGCGGCAGCGGCAGCAAAUUGGCUAAGAAAAGCCAUAGAAGGACGUCGACGACGACGACGACGGAUAUAAACGGUAAUCGGGAUAGUCGCAGAUUUGGCAACAAAGUUGCUGAAAUUGGAACCGCCGAUCAGCACGUUGAGGGAAAAUUCCGGUGCGCGGAGGAGCGCGGCAUGUGCUCGCAGCCUGCCGCCGGAAAAAUGGAAACCCCACAGCAGUACUGUUUGCGAUGGAAGUACCAUCAUUCCAAUUUGCAGGCCAUGUUUUCGCAGCUACUAGAGAGAGAAUGCUUUUGCGAUGUUACUCUGGCCUGCGAAGGAAAAACAUUAAAGGCUCACAAGGUUAUGCUUUCGGCGUGUAGUACAUAUUUUGAUUCCAUAUUCUCGCAAUACGAAGAAAAUAAUCCGAUUGUUAUACUGAAAGAUGUGAAAUUUUCCGAUAUCAAAGCUUUGGUUCAGUUCAUGUACAAAGGAGAAAUUAACGUCGACAACUCAGAACUGACGUCGCUGUUGAAAACGGCCGAAGAAUUACGAAUCAAGGGCUUGGCCGAAGUAUCGUGGAGAUCAGAUCGCGAAAUGGAGGCUCCCGAAUCGGGCGACGAAGAUCUAGAUCAACCGCAACCGAAAAGACUUAAAUCCGAACCGUACAGUCCGAAAUCCGGUCAGAAUACCAUCACUUCGCUAUCGUCCAGAGACGAUUAUAACGAAUCGCACGACGACGCUAUCGACGAAGACGGAGACGACGGAUCGGAAAACGAAUGCAGCACCGGCAUGUGGGAUACGGACCGAUCGUCGCGAAACGAUUCGCAUUUCGACGACUCGAUAGACGUGAAACCUUCUGCCGGCGCUUUAUCUCAUAAUCGAAUCCAAUCGAACAAUUACGCGACGAAUAUGCAACCUCAGCCUCCGAACUUGGUCAACACGCAGAACACCAUCGUCUCUCCUCAAGUGGUGACUAGCUCUUCGGUGACCGGACUAUCGGCCGCAGCAGCAGCUGGUUGCGCUAUCGGCGGAGCAGUGCCCGACGAUGACAAAUGCUCGGUCACUUCCGCUUCCGCAGUUCCUGGUAAUACUCCUUAUUCGGCCGAGACAGCUUCCACCGCCGCUAGUGUAGAUUUAAGUCAGUAUCCCGAUAUAAUGAAGAUGAACGAUUAUCUCGAGUCCGGAGGCAGACGACCUCAAUUCUGGGAAGAGCCCUUUACCAAGAGACUGAUGGAAGCGAUAAAAAACAAAGAGCUUGAAAUGAAAGUCGCCGCCGAACUAAUGGGUGUUUCGUACGGUACGCUGUACGGCCGCUACAGGGACGCUUACGGCUGCCUUAAACAUCCUUACAGAGUUCGUGAUUUCUGGUCUGAACAAGGUCCUGCCGAAGUAUUAGCCAAAUUGCAACGAAAAGAGUUGACUUUAUUUCGAGCCGCCGAAAUGCUGAACGUAACGGUCACCACGUUGGCCAAUUAUCUGUCCACGUUGAGACAAGGAGGCGGUACCGGAUCAUCCGAUAACGAAGAUGUCUCCGAUAACGAGGACAUGGUCAUAGACGAAGAUAAAGUAUCUACUCAUUCCUCAUCGACUACGCACUCUUCCAUUCAUAAUAAUCCCGAUAUCACUAUCGUAAAAAAAGAAAAUCUCGCCAAUUUAAAUGGAAAUUAGCGCGUUUUUUUCCUUUUUUUCUCUUUUUUUCUUUUCUUUUCUUUUCUUUUAGACAUUUUUAUCGUUUUAAGCGAAAAUCGUGCGUUUCGAACGUGUUUUAAUAUAUUUUUUUAAACCACGCGUUCUCUUCUUCAAUUGGUAUUUGGUUUGCGAUUGGAGCGCGUGUGGUUUUAAACUACCUACUCGAUUCGACUUUUAUUCUUUUCUUUUUUUUUUCGAAUAAAUUUGCGUUAAAUUUUCAAUUUUUUUCGUUUUCCAAAACACGUGUGAAAUGAUGCGAAUGCGCGCGUGUUUAUACUUAUAAAAAAAAAAUGGCGGUCGUGUUUUCGAACGUGUACGCGGGACGAAGCGAAGUCUGAUGACGAUUUUAUGACGUAGAAAAUUUUCUGCUAUACCCGUAUAGCCUUUCGAAUGUUUGUUUAGUGUUUAUUAUUUUUUUUACACGCGUGUCGGAGAAUAUUACGCUUUCGUCGUCAGUCGUGAAAGUAUUAAAAGUCAACAUUGGGAAUAUUCCAUCGAUGAAAAAUUCCGCCGCGCCCGCGCCACGCCGUACGAUAGUUUUUUUUCUUCCAUUUUCGAAAAACAACAAAUAAAAUAAAAAGUAAAACGUAAUUACGCGGUAUUUUAUUCCUUUUUUAAAAACUAUCUUACGAUCGGAGAUGCCGAAUAAAUAUCGUACCUAUUCUUAUUACGAAUUAGUGAUAUCAUUUUGUUUUUUACGUUUUCCUCUCGAUUUAUAUUUUGUAGUUUGAUUUCAUUUCGUAACCGCUUAAAGCGGUUGCUUUGUAGAAAAAUAUGUAUUAUUUUUAAGGCGGACAUUUCUAUUAAGUAUCGCUGAUAUAUCGUGUCGACGUGCAAGACUAUAAUAAGGUUAUUACUUUGUGAUAAAUUGAAGAUUUUUGUUACGAAAAAUUUUUAGUUUUGUGACGCCAUUGUUUUAAGAAAGGCGCUAAUUUAUACGCGUGGUGUAUUUUUUCCUUCUUUUUUUUAAAAAUUUUAUUUAUUCGAUUAGUUUUAUUAUUUAUUUUGUCUCCGAUUCUUUUUUUUCUUUUCUUUUCUUUUUACUAGAUAUUAUUUUGACGCGUGCAUGUGAUUUUUUUGGGUGCGUGUUCCUCGCUAAUUAUCGAUUUUGUUUUUUUUUCUCUCUCUCUAUCUAUAUCUAUAUAUCUCUCUCUCUCUGUCUCUCUGUCGUGUGUGUUCGAAACGGUUUAAUUCUGGUUAUUUUGGUCCUUCACUGCCAUUGUAGUAGCUUCAAUUCAUCUUUUUGUAUAGAGAGACCCGUGUAACACUGUAACACUCCUCCUCGCAACACAUCAAACUAGUGGAACAAUUUUUCGAACUUAUUGUCAUCAUUGGACAUAUCUUUUUAAUUUUCAACGAAAGUUACCAUAAUAUGCCUUCUCUUUUUUUUCUUUUUUUUUUUUUUUUGAACCGGCCCCAGUGCCUAAACGAUAAUUAACUGAGGACAUGUAUGAAUGGUACGCGAUUUUAACAUUAUGUAAAUUGCGCUUUUUUCCUCCUCCUCCUCCUGCUCCUGCUGGGUUUAUUUUGUACACAACGCAUUUUUCAUGUUUUAUUUGUUCGUAUCAUUUUUAUGUUUUCGGAUUUUUUUGUUUUUUGUUUUGUUGUGUUUUGUUUUUAAUGUAGUAGGUAUCGAGUACUCGUCGAUUAGGUUUAGUAACUAAUUUGCUAUAAGAACUAAAACGCGCAGCGCGAACAACUCUAUAUUAUAUAUGUAUUUACGUAAUUACUCGCACGAUACGAGGUAACAACGCCGAACAAGUUUUAAUGCAUCUUUCAAAUUAUCUCGAUCAAACUAAUUUUUACCUCAAUUUUUUUCUCGCAUUUUUAAUCGUUAAACAGAACUUAUACAUUUUCGUAUCGGACGGUUGGAAACAUGUUUGUGAUCAAAUUUCAGUACAAAAUACCUAAGCUAUUUAUCGUUGUAUGUCGUUUCGCGUACGAACGUAUCUUUCAUUUACGAUACGGUCGAAACGGUCGAUACGUCACGUCGCGUCGUGGUAGAUGAAGAAAGAAAAUUGAAGGGUGCGACGAUUUCGAAUUCGAGAAGGUUUCGGAAAAGUUUUUGAAAAUCCGAUUAAAAGCGGUCGAUUGUGGCCGGUGUGGUAGCCGAGCUACAGUUCAACAGAUGCGCAAACGGCAAAAGAGCAAUUUUCCAUUUGAAAUGAAAACUGAAAACUGAAAAGUAAUCCGGUUCGAGUUGGAAGGUUUGGCCGAUGCCCGUAGUAAUUUCAUUUGAAUAAUUUAUGAUUUUAAAAAUAUCUAGUCCCGAUCGAGCGAUUCUUCGAAAUAAUUAUUCUCGUUUCGUUUCGUCGAUCCCCCUUUGUGACUGGUGCUAUAUUCCUUGUUUUCUCUCUCUCCUAAAUAAUAAUGUAAUAGCUAACUGAUUCGAAUAUUGUAAUUUUUUCGACGAGUACGAAAUUACGAAUGUGGACUGGCUGUGGCGCGUGUAUGUGUGUAUUGUACUGUAUACUGUAUACUGUAUACUGUGUAGAGUAAACUGUGUUCUGUGUAUUUCUCUCUAUCUCUUUCCGUUUGUGUGUGGGUAAACGACGUUGAUAUUUUUUACUCUACGUAUGUCUACAAUAUUUACGUAUGUUGUACCUAUCUAGUAUGUAUUUCAAAUUCGAAAUUCGAAUGCUCUACAAUGAUGUAAAAAUGGUCCACUGUUUGUAUACCAUGCUUACGAAUAUGAGUAGUAAUAGGUUACCUACACCUAUUAUGUAUGUAGUAGGCCUUCCGUGUGUGUGUGUGUGUGGAUACUCUAGAUGUGUAGUGGAUUACGGAUUUAUCGUACAGCCUUAUUAAGCAUACAAUGCAACUUUCAUUACUUAUCAUUUGGAUUACUUAGAAUUACGUUUGUGUUUUUCGUUUCUUAUCGUGUAAUUUGUGUAAUUUUUAUUCCUAAAAAAAACCCACACCAUUGUGCUCUUGUAGAUGAAAAAUUGGCGCAAUAAUAUUAGAAUCUAGUUUUUUUGUUUUUUUUUUUUUGGUAAUCUAGCUGAAAGUUUUCCUGUGAGAAUAAUUUUCAUAUUAUCUACCUAUGAUCUGUCGUACAGGGUUUUUUUAGAAUUAUUAUUCGUUUAAUUUACUCGUACAUUAGAUAUCAUCGUCUUCGAUUAGUACGUCCUCUUUCUCCCCCUCCCCCCAAACUGGUGGCACGUGUGCUGUGUAGGUGCGUAAUUGGGAUGUUACUGUAUUUUUACCCGCAACCGUAAAAAUACUACGCGUAAGUAGGUAACGAAAUAACACGAAAGAUCUGUAAUGGAUACCACAGAUGCUUUUUCGUGACAUGAAAAAAAUCUCGCUGACUCUGGGUUUUUUAUUUCCUCGAAUAACGCUUGUUUUAUCAUUUUACAGAAGGACUGAAAGAAUCUUUUUAUCCUAAUACGUACAAUCAUCUUUUUUUCCUUUCCCCUCCCUUUUUUUUUAUUAUUUAUUUAUAUGGAUCUUGUUGAUAUGCGUGUAUAGUGUAAAUUUUACAUACAUGUAGUACUAUUAUAAUAGUAAAAAUCAGGUGUUAGAAGUGUGAGAUUUCUUUUUAUUUUGUACGUUAAUUGUAUUUGUAAUUAGUCCCUUUUUUUUUUCAUUUCAUUUUAUUACUAGAUAUACAUUAAGCAUAAGUAUAAUAUACAUACAUACAUUUUUUUACGUUUGCAUUAUUAAAUUAAGUAAACACUGUAAAGAAACAAAUUAUAUUAUUCAUCAUCGUCAUUGUUAUCAUCAAUCUUUCAUUUUGUUUUCCAUCAACAUUCAUAAGUCGCAAGUUUUAAGCACAUUUGUUUAUAAAAAUUUCAAUUUUAUCAAUAAACUGAUGAUUAUGA